UCGAGAAAAGAAUUCAAAUUCGAAAAAUUUCCUUUCCAAAUGCAGCACUAUCAGACGCAUCCAUUUUUCUCUUCUUCCCUUUACGGACACUUGCAAAAGAGAAUCCAAUCAAAUCUCAAGACUUUUCUCUGCAACCAAACACUACCAAAACUUUGAUUUCCCAAUGGAUAAUACCCAAUUAAACGCCUUUCUCCAAAACCCAGAAACCCUUUUUCCCAAUUCCUCUAUUCCUAGGGUUUACUGGGAAAAAGGUGAUCUGGCCUUGAAUCAAGAUAACCCUAGUUCCGCCAUGGAUCAAGAUGAAGAAGAAGAAGAAGAAUCUUUGGAUGAUUCAAUGCUUUGUGAUUCUAAUUCAAGGCUAAUCCCAUCUGGGUUUUCCAAAUAUAAUUGCACAGAUGAAAUUGUGAUGUUUAUAAAUGCUGGAGGUGAGGCUUUAAAUGAAGCAGAUUCAAGCAUGAAAUUUCUGGCGGAUAGUUACUUUGAUGGAGGAAGUGUUAUGUGGACUAAUGAGCAUAUAACUGAGGCUGGGGAUUAUCCAAUCAUUUAUCGGUCCGCCAGACUUGGGAGCUUCUGCUACAGGUUCAAUAAUCUUCCUCCCGGAAACUAUUUUAUUGAUCUUCAUUUUGCAGAGAUCAUAAACACUAGCGGACCUAAAGGAAUGAGGGUAUUCAAUGUCUAUAUGCAAGAAGAAAAGAUACUAUCAGAUUUUGAUAUCUUCUCGGUUGUUGGAGCCAAUAAGCCAUUGCAAGUUGUUGAUUUGAGGGUCUCUGUGAAGGAGGAUGGGCAAAUUGCAAUGAGGUUUGAAGGAGUUAUUGGAAGCCCGACGGUUUGCGGGAUUUGUGUAAGGAAAGCACAAAAUAUUCCAGUUACUCAGGCAUUGCAAGAAUACCUUAAGUGCAACAACUGUGAUGCUGACAUAGAAGUUUCAUCAGCUCAGAAGAAACUUAUUCGAAUAAAAGUUACAGAUAAAUAUGAGAAGAAGAUACAAGAGCUCGUUACACAGUGCCAGCUUAAGACACAUGAAUGCCACGAGGCAUGGAUGUCACUGACUGCCGCAAAUGAGCAGCUGGAGAAGGUCAGGAUGGAACUUGACAACAAGAUCUUCCGAACACGCACGCUAGAUGAAACCUUGGGGAAACAAGGCGAAAAUUUGAAAAAUAUUACUAGUAGGUACGAGCAUGAUACGAAGUAUUGGGCAGAAGCAGUCAAUGAUUUGCAAGAGAAAAUAAAGAAAAUGAAAAAUGAACAUGCUCAGCUCUCUCAUGAAGCACAUGCAUGUGCUGAGUCGAUACCUGACUUGAAUAAAAUGGUCACUGGCGUUCAGGCAUUAGUUGCACAGUGUGAGGAUCUCAAAGUGAAGUAUAGUGAGGAGCAAGCAAAGCGAAAGGAGCUGUAUAAUCAAAUUCAGGAAACAAAAGGUAACAUCAGAGUCUUUUGCCGGUGCCGGCCACUAAGUAAAGAGGAGAUAUCAGCUGGUUGUGCUCCAGUUGUAGAUUUUGAUGCAGCAAAAGAUGGAGACCUUGGAAUUCUGACAGGUGGCUUCACCAAAAAGACUUUCAAGUUUGACCGAGUUUACACGCUGAAAGACAAUCAAGUUGAUGUUUUUGCGGAUGCUUUGCCAUUGGUGACAUCAGUGCUAGAUGGCUACAAUGUCUGUAUUUUUGCUUAUGGGCAAACAGGAACAGGAAAGACAUUUACAAUGGAAGGCACUGACCAGAACAGAGGAGUCAACUAUAGAACUCUUGAGCAGUUGUUUCAAAUUGCCAAGGAAAGGAGAGAAACUUUUAUGUAUAACAUAUCCGUUAGUGUUCUUGAAGUUUAUAAUGAACAAAUUAGAGACUUGUUAUCCACAUCAUCAACAUCAAAGAGGUUGGAGAUAAAGCAAUCUGCUGAAGGGUUCCAUCAAGUUCCGGGAAUUAUAGAAGCCAAGGUUGACAACGUCAAGGAAGUUUGGAAUGUACUGCAGAUUGGAAGCAAUUCUAGAGCUGUUGGAUCAAACAAUGUGAAUGAGCAUAGCAGCCGAUCCCACUGCAUGCUUUGUAUAAUGGUAAAAUCAAAAAACUUGAUGACUGGUGAGUGCACCAAGAGCAAGCUUUGGCUUGUGGAUUUGGCAGGCAGUGAGAGACUGGCAAAAACUGAUGCACAAGGGGAGCGACUCAAGGAGGCUCAAAAUAUCAACAAAUCCCUUUCAGCUCUUGGGGAUGUCAUAUAUGCUUUGUCGAUGAAAAGUAGUCACAUUCCAUACAGGAACUCGAAGUUGACACAUUUGCUUCAAGAUUCAUUAGGGGGUGACUCCAAGACUUUGAUGUUUGUGCAAAUUAGCCCUUCAGAGAGGGACUUGAGUGAAACCUUGAGCUCCUUAAAUUUUGCAACUCGAGUUCGAGGAGUUGACUUGGGUCCUGUUAAAAGACAAGUUGAUACAAGUGAGCUCCAAAAGAUGAAAAUAAUGCUUGACAAAGCAAGGCAGGAAUCCAGAUCCAAAGAUGAGUCUCUCAGGAAACUAGAAGAGAGCUUGCAGAACCUAGAGAGUAAGGCCAAAGGCAGAGACCAGGUUUACAAGAGCCAACAAGAAAAGAUCAGAGAAAUUGAAGGUCAAUUGGAGAUGAAAACUGGCAUGCAGAAGCAGACAGAGAAGCAGGUCUCACAACUUUCAGAUAGAUUGAAGGGGAGAGAAGAGAUUUGCACUGGUCUUCAACAAAAGGUCAAAGAAUUGGAGACCAAGCUUAAAGAGCGACAACAAUCAGAAUCUGCUAGUUACCAGCAAAAGGUUUUGUUGUCAAGCCAUUUAUUUCCAGAAACAAAAUUUUUUAUGAUUGUAUUUCUUUUUUCUGUUAAAGAUCUUGAGAAUAAGCUGAAAGAGCAAGUGCAAGAAUCUGAGUCCCAUUCACAUGCCCUUCAACUCAAGAUAAGGGAGCUUGAGAAAAAGCUGAAAGAGCAAGAACAAAACCCAGAAUCCAUUUUGCUUUAUCAAAAGAUUAAGGAGCUCGAAGAUAGAUUGAGGGAGCAAGAACAACAGUUGCAAUGUGCACUAGCACGUGACUUCACUGAUGUGAUCAGGGCCACUCCUAAUGAAGGUAAAUGUAGAAGAGAUGAUGAGUUCACGAGUGAGGCUGAACCUCGUAUCCUAAGGAGUUCGAACUCAAUAGGUCGUCCCUUGAGUCAGGGGUAUAAACAGCCAAGAGUUAGUGAUUCUCUCCAUGAGACAAGGAAGAAAAGGUACUCUAGAAGUGGUGAAACAGAGAAUAAUAUGGUUAUAUCUGCUUCUUUGAAUGAUAAAAGGGCUAGGAAAUCUGAUCCACCAAAGAUUGCAAGGGUUGUAAGAACAGCAAAACCAACUAUGGUAACAGCAGCUCAAGGACCCUUGACUCAUAAAAGGAUUAACAGAGAUCAGUUCCAAGCAGCAAAGGAGAGAGAUAAUAAGAAAAAGAUUUGGUCAAGAUAAUUAAGCCAAAACUCCACAGUUAUCUCCAACACUUCUUUGGAGUAUUAUGUAAGUAACUACUGCAAAAAUUCCUUUUAAAUUCAGUUAACUUUAUAAUCAUUCAUUACUCCCUAAUUAAAAUUUUAUUUUCUGGCAACAAUCGUGUGAAUCUGUGGAUAAAAUGUUGAAUUCUAAAAUUAAGGAUGGAGGAUAUGCUGAUUGCCCGUCCCCUUGUCAUUCCUAAAUGCAUAUGCUGAUUGCCUUUCCCAGAAAUCAGAAAAUGAAACAUGUGGGCAUAUACCUAAUCAAC